AUGACGUAUGACAAUUACUAUCGCAGACUUGCCACUAUGCACUUACAUCGGCAGGACUGUACAAACGGCUUGAUUAAGAAGAAACAGCAAGAUGUGCUUGGUUUCUUAGAAGCUAACAAAAUAGGAUUUGAAGAAAAAGAUAUUGCCGCCAAUGAAGAGAAUCGGAAGUGGAUGAGAGAAAAUGUACCUGAAAACAGUCGACCAGCCACAGGGUACCCCCUGCCACCUCAGAUUUUCAAUGAAAGCCAGUACCGUGGA